GGGGUUACCGUGAUUACGUUCAAAUUCCGCUACUAUUAAAAGUUCUGAUGCUUUAAAUUGAACAUGACCAGUAGCAUUAACAUUUGCGACCUUCUUUUAAUUUUUUUUAAAAAAAAAUCUCGACCUUUUCUGAGAAUGAUUUAAAUAGCAGUUACUUAGGGGGAAAAUACACUCUGUAAGCACCUUGUUAACGCCGCUACGUCGAUGCUGUUGCGUUUGAACCACAACAGUUGACGUAAUUAUUUAAAAAGUAGCAGUUCCCUGGUCAAACAAAAACUGUAACAAACUUCCCACCAGAAAGCGAAACCUCAGUAAUGUGGCUCACUGGAGUGUGCUGCAGUUUUCUUUUUGUUAACGAGAUAUGAAUCUAUAUUACAUCUUCCAUGUAUCCUAAUUUCAGUAAUUACUUGAGCAUUGUAUUAAUUAGCACCGUUUGUUUGGCUGAAGGUUCGUACACCAGUACCUGGGCUGUUCGAGUCCAAGGCCCGCCUGAAGACGCCGAUAAGAUUGCAAGGAAAUACGGGUUCGUUAAUUUUGGAAAGGUGUUUGAAGAUGGCCACUACUACCAUAUGAGGCACGGAGCAGUGGCACCAAAAUCAUCGAAGCAGCAUCACUUGCGUAAUCUUCAACUGAAACGAGAUCCCAAGGUUUUGUGGCAUGAGCAGCAGUCUGGGAAGGUGCGACAGAGAAGACAUGCCUUUCACCUGCCCACUGACCCCCUCUUCAGCAAGCAGUGGUACCUGAGCGAGGCCUUCCAGCUGAAUGUGGUGUCGGCGUGGGCGCAGGGCUACACCGGGAAGGGGGUGGUGGUGUCCAUCCUGGACGACGGGAUCGAGAAGAGCCACCCGGAUCUCGCUGCCAAUUACGACCCUGAGGCCAGCUAUGACAUGAAUGACGAUGAUCCUGACCCCCAGCCUCGCUACACCACAGACAACGAGAACCGCCAUGGGACACGCUGUGCUGGAGAAGUAGCGGCAGUGGCUAACAACACAGUGUGCGGAGUCGGGGUGGCUUAUCGGGCCCAGAUUGGAGGAGUGCGGAUGCUGGAUGGCCAUGUGACCGACCUGGUGGAGGCGCUGUCCCUCAGCUGGAAGUCCCAGCACAUCGACAUCUACAGCGCCAGCUGGGGGCCCCAGGACGACGGCCGGUCUUUGGAUGGGCCAGGCGUGCUGGCCAAAGAGGCUCUCAUCCGGGGCGUUAUCCAGGGCCGGAGAGGGCUGGGGUCCAUUUUUGUGUGGGCUUCGGGGAACGGCGGGGCUCAUUUCGACAACUGUAACUGCGACGGCUAUGCCAACAGCAUGUACACCGUCUUGGUGGGCAGCACCACAGAGAGGGGCACUGUGCCCGAGUACAGUGAGCCCUGCUCUGCCAUCCUCACCACCACCUACAGCAGCGGGAGCAAGCUUCACCGCAAGAUCGUCACCACGGACCUGCGGGCCACAUGCACAGCGGAGCACAGCGGGACCUCCGCCUCCGCGCCGCUCGCUGCCGGGAUUAUCGCGUUGGCUCUAGAGGCGAACCCCACGCUGACCUGGCGGGACGUGCAGCACGUCGUGAUCCGGGCAUCCCGCCCAGCUGGCCUGAGGGCGGACGACUGGCAGCUCAACGGAGUGGGCCGCGCUGUCAGCCAUCACUAUGGAUACGGGCUGUUGGAUGCUGGGAAGCUAGUGAACCUUGCCAGGAAGUGGAAAACGGUGCGGCCUCAGAGGAAGUGCUUUAUUGACGUUGUUACGAGACCCAUGGAGAUCCGAGGGCAGCUGCCGUUCAGGUGGAACGUGUCGGCCUGCUCCGGGACGGGGGACUGGAUCCGGUCGCUGGAGCACGUCCAGGCGCGACUCUCCCUGGCCUGCAGUCGCCGCGGCGACCUGGCCAUCUCCCUCACCAGCCCGCGGGGCACUCGCUCCCUGCUCGCCACUGCCAGACCAAGGGACACCUCUCCACAGGGCUACUCUGACUGGGCCUUCACAACCACACACUGCUGGGACGAGGAUCCACGAGGAGUGUGGACCCUGAGCUUGGAAGACAAGGGCGAUGGCACCAACACAGGAGUGCUGAGUCAUUUCCGUCUGGAGCUGUACGGGACAGAGGAGAACGUGGCAGAGCGGGGAGUAGAGAGGACAGUGGUGGAGGAGUGCUUGGAUUGGAGCCCACAGGGGAUCUGUCAAGAGUGCCGGUACCCCUUGUAUGCGUUUGACCGCGUGUGCCUGGUGUUCUGCCCUCCCCACCACUACGAAUGGAGUCUCAAUGGCAGCGGGAUGGGUGUGGCAGAAGCGCGCAGGUGCCAGCCCUGUCAUCCUUCCUGCUACACCUGUCACGGGGAGGGCGAGCGGAGCUGCGCCAGCUGCCCCCCCCUCUCCACCCACAAUGCACUGCUGGGCACCUGCAGCCCAGUGAUCUACGCCUGGGACCAGGAACACCAGGGGAGGGCCGCAGGUGGAGUUGGGUGGCUCGAUCGGCUGGCCGCCACCAUCGGCAUCGUCAUCGGAGCCCCCGUGAUGGCCUUCUGUGUGAUUUGGGCCUUUUUAGGGCUUCUGGGAAGAUACUUCCCCCUGCCCGGCCCCACCUCUGUGGCGGACGACCACCUGAGCACGGAGAGCAGUAGCUCUGGUGAGGCGGCUGGGGUUGAGAUGGUGAAUCUCGGCGUGCCCGGAGAGGAUGAGGCUGGGCAUAGGGACAGCUCUACUCCCACGGCCCGUCCACCCAUCAGGGAACAGAUAUAACCCAGACGCCAGUCUGCCACCUCACGUGAGCUGGGCCAGUGUCCCUUCUACUGCAUGCCCGUCAUUUUCCAGCAGGAGCCAGCUGGCAGGCUGUCCAGUUUUAAAAAAAAAUAAUUCACCAGGUAUAUGCCUGAUCUUAUUCUUUUACAAUUUUAAGUCUGGUUUUUAAGUAUUGUUUAGACUAAAUUGAAUUGGAACUUCAGCUGCUAUUCCACCUCUCAGUGCUGUGAAAUAAUGUUAUCCACAUGGUUUCAGCAUUUUUUCUGUACAUUUCUUCCUGGUGUUCGGCCACAUGAACCUGUGUGUAUUGUGAAUUCAAUAACCAAAUCUGCACUACUUAUUUAGAGUUUAUUACACCCUCAGAAAUGAAAAAUAUACAGGCACCCUGACUAGCCUUAAUUUGGGAGAAGAUAAGAAAUGUAUUACAUUUGCUAUAUUUCACUUGUAUAGUCAACAUUAAGUGAGAAAGCCUGAGAGCAUUAUUUUCAAGGUGAAACUUCAGAGCAAUUUUUUGUAUUAGAAAAUUAAACAAUGGUUCUACAAAACUCUAA